AUGUUGGUCAUAUCGCGAUUCAUAUGCAGUUGUAGCAAGUGUCAAGAGCAUUCGGACAGCGAGCGGGGUCGUCGAGCGGUGCUAGAUGAAAAAGCAUCAGUCGAGGUCCAGCGAGGUAUGCGCGGAAUGGAGGGAGCAUCCGGGCGGCUGCGAUUGUUACCAGUUAUCACUGAAUGUUUUUCACCGGGCAUUUUGUGCCGCUACAAAAAACCACAUAAAGGGCGGGCGCGGCUCGUUUGA